UACAAUCUGGCUAUUUAUUCCCCACAAGAAUUUUGAUACAUUCAUCCUUCUGCAGGCCAAUAUCUGAAAAUACGCCAAGAUCAACAGCACAGAAAAUCAAAAUGGAUCUAGCACAGCUUGUUUUGUUGGGAUCAACUAUCUGUGUCAUGCUUACAGAACACUUCUCUAUGAAGUUACUCGCUGAACAUGUUCUGAACUGGAAGAAGCCAAAGGAGCAGAAAGCCAUAGUAAUAAUCAUCCUUAUGGCCCCGAUAUAUGCUGUAGAGUCCUAUGUUGGUUUGAUAAACUUCUCUGGAAGCAAAGCAUUCUUUACAGUCUUGGACUCGAUCAAAGAGUGUUAUGAGGCUUUGGUGAUUGCCAAGUUCUUGGCUCUAAUGUACAGCUACCUGGGCAUAUCUCUGAGCAAGAACAUUGUGCCAGAUGAGAUCAAAGGACGAGGGAUUCAUCAUUCAUUUCCAAUGACUUUUUUUAUGCACCAUACUGGUCAUCUGAACCAGCAUACGCUGAAGCUUCUCAAGUAUUGGACUUGGCAAUUUGUUGCGAUCCGCCCUGUGUGCUCCGUCUUGAUGAUAACUCUACAGUAUUUAGGAGUAUAUCCUAGUUGGGUCAGCUGGACAUUCACAAUCAUUCUAAAUGUUUCAGUGACGCUGGCACUAUAUUCCCUUGUUGUGUUCUAUCAUAUGUUUGCAAAAGAGCUGGCACUCCAUAACCCUCUUGCCAAAUUUUUAUGCAUAAAAGGAAUUGUCUUUUUCUGCUAUUGGCAGGGCAUAGCACUUCAAAUCUUGGCAGCAUUGGGAAUAAUCCGAUCCCUUUAUUCGUGGCUGGAUGUGGAGCGCAUAGAGGAAGGCUGGCAAAACAUGUUGGUCUGUAUUGAAAUGGUUUUCUUCUCCGCCUAUCAGCAAUAUGCAUACAGUGCCGCACCUCACAAAGAUGAUAACAGUAGUGGUGAAGCUAUAGAUAAGAAGGCAAACUGAUUCUUGUAGUGCACCCACACCGUAACUGUGCCAGUUAUGAUCUUCUUUGUGCUUGCUAUUAUCACUGUCUAAUUUUAU